UUUUUUAUUUUUUUAUUUUUUUAAAAAAAAUUAUGUAAAUUUUUAGUUAUGACUGAAGAAGAGAUUGAGCAAAUUUUAGCAUCAGAGGACUUGACGCCUGAAUUACAAAACUUGAUUAAUGAAUAUAAAGAAUUAAAAGAACAGUCAAUAAAUGGGACUAAUGAACUAUAUGCCAUUGGUGAUCAUUGCGCAAUUCCAUUUUCAUAUAAUGAUUUACUGUUCUUGUUACCCGCCAUCAUUCUAAGUUACGAUAGUGCAAAAACAUUAGCUCAAGUAUUAAUAUUGACACCUGUAACGUCAGAAACAAUUCCUUGUACUGAUUAUUUUGGAUCCCAGGAACAUUGCACAACUGACGUUUGUCAGGUUAAUCGAUCUCAUGGUUAUACAAUUGCUACAGAAUACAUCACUUCUUUUGAGGCACUUGAAGCAGAUACCUUUCACUAUGAACAACGUGUUUGGUGUCAAGAAGAUGAGCUUUGGAAGCUUGGUGAGGUGAUUGAUGAAGUGGAUGAUGAAGAAUUAAAGCACUGGCGUGUUAGACUAUUAGAGAAACGACAACAACAGACAGUAGUCGAUGUGGAUAGAGAGCAUAUCAUACCUUUUAAGAGCUUAUUAGAUGAGGAUGACCAAACUGAAGCAAUAGAAGAAGAUUGUAUACCAGAAGUCAUUUCGAAACCUGUAAGUGAGGCAUUUGGCUGUUGGCAAGCACAUACCACUGGAUUUGCUGCUAAAAUGAUGCAAAAAAUGGGUUAUGUUCAUGGUCAAGGUUUAGGUAUUCAAGGACAAGGACGAGUAGAGCCUGUAGAAGCUAAUAAAGUCUAUUCAAGUCGUUCACAGUAUCAUGAGAAUAGGCCAGGAUUAGGAUUGGUGUCCAAAAAAGGAAUUCAAAAAAGGAAAAAGAAAGAAAAAGUAAAAGAAGGUGCAGAAGAAAUAGAUAUGUUUAGUAUGAUGAAUACUUUAUUAGGAAAGCAGAGUCAAGAAGAUAAUAUAAAACAAAAAUCGACUAUAAUCAAAUCAUUGAACGAAAAACAAGCCAACCAAACAAUAGCUAAGCUCCAAAGUAAAUUAGACAAAGCAGAAUUGAAUUAUAUACAUGCAAAAGAAGCUCUUCGUCGAAAUAAAGGGAGCCCAAUGGAAAGUCAAUUUAAAACAAAGUUAAAAAAUGCUAAUCAUACAUUUGAAACGCUAAAAAACGAAAUGUCAGAGCUUCAAAGACAUGUUAAACGUACAAAAGAGCAGAAAGAAAUGUAUACAUUCUGAUAUAUGCAAUUUAAAGUUUUAUUGAUUACAUAGGAUAUAUAUGAAUAUAUGCAUAUAUGUAUAUAAUAUAUAUAAUAUAUAUAAUAUAAAUACGUAUAUAUGUAUAUAUGUAUGUAUGUAUGUAUAAAUGUGAUAAAUAUAUUUAUAUACAUAUGUAUAUAUAUAUAUAUAUAUAUAUAU